GGGUAAAGUUGACAACAACAGUGAUGGAAGUCAGACCGAGCCGAGGCAGAGGAGGCGGCGGGAAAAGAGGCGGCCGCGGCGGGCAUGACGGUGACAGUCACGGCGGAGAGUACCGGGGCCGCGGCCGAUCCGGGUACCACCGCAGCCGGGGCAAGAGAGACCAUUACCGCGGCCGGGGAAGAGGAGGAGGAGGCGGGCAGGGAGCAGACUUCAGCCGCCGGGACCAGGAUGACGGGGACUUUGGCGGCGAUGAUCAUGUGGCCCAGUCGUUCUCCAAGAGGAAGCUGGAGUCCAACUGGAACAGAUACGAAGACUCCGAGGCACAGGAAGUGGACGAGGACAUGCCCGCGCAGAGAGGGACGGACUACAGUGAGCUAAUACAGUCAGCAGGGGAUUCCUUCACACAGUUUCGAUUUUCUGAAGAGAAGGACUGGGACAUGGACUCAUUUGUGGCCGGUCAGGUGGGUGCGUUGGUGGACCUGUCGGCUUUGGCUCAGCGCUUGGUCCAAGUGCCGCUGCACGACCGACUGCAGCUGGAGGCCGAACUCGUCCAGAUCUCCACUCCGAUCGAGCUCCCGUCUCAUUUUCCUCCCAAACCGGAUGUGUCCAAGCCUCCGUCAGCUGUACCCAGAGCCCCCGCCGCCCUGCCCACUGUCACCACCCCUGCCCCUGCCCCUCCUAAAGCGCCGAUGCCCCCUGUCCCGUCACCAGCGGAGGGCGUGGACGAAGAUCUGGAGGAGCUGCUGUCUUUACACAAACCGGAGGAUACUCAAGAGAACCAGAUGGAUUUAGGACAAGAGACGCCUACAACAGACAAAGCGUCGGAGGAAGUGAGGAGGGAUGCACCGGAGGCGGCAGGAGACAAAGACAAGAUGGCGGAGGAAGUGUCAGACAAACACGUCAGCGCGGCGUCUGCGAAGAAGGAGCUGACGGAGGAGGACCUGGAGGACUGGCUGGACAGCAUGAUCUCCUGACCCUGAGCACGGAAGCGCCACAAGGACAGAGCGAACAAAAGCAGCGCCGCGGUCGGAGGAGAAAGAGACGGGAAGAUCUGAGAUGUUCCGACGGAUCGACAAGGACAGAACAAUCUUUGUGUCAUUCGUUUUUCAUUAUAAGACCAAAAAUAAGACUAAACUAUUAAAACUAAUAAACUAAUAAAACUGUUUUUUUCAUUAUUUGUCUCCAAAGCCAAAAUAAAAAACAGAUAAUGAUUCGUUUUUUCAGUUUUCGAUUUUGUGUUUAAAAGAAGAAUGGAAAAAACGGAUAACGGACGUGAUUUGAGACGUUUCUGUGAUUUAAACUGCGAUGUCAGACUGAACCAGGACUAAACCAGGUCCAGGACCAGACCGGAGUCAGACCGGGACUGAGACUAGGAUUUAGACUGGGACCAGACCGGGACUAGGACUGGGACCACACCAGAACUGAGACCGGGACCAGACAGGGACUGAGACCAGGACUGAGGCUGGGACCGAGACCAGAACUGAGACCAGGAACAAGGACCAGGACUGAGACCGGGACUGAGACUGGGACCAAAACUGAGACCAGGACUGAGACCAGGACCAGACUGGGACUGAGACCAGGACUGAGUCUGGGACCAGACCGCGACUGAGACCAGAACUGAGACCAGGACUAAGAUCAGGAACAGGACUGGGACUGAGACCGGGACUGAGAGUGGGACCAGACCAGGACUAAGACCAGGAUCUGAGACCGGGACUAGACCAGAACUGAGACCAGGACCAGACCAGGAUUGAGACCGGGAACAGGACCAGGACUGAGACCAAGACAGACCGGGACCAGACUGGGACUGAGACCAGGACUGAGACUGGGACUCAGACCGGGACCAGACCAGGACUGAAAACGGUUUAGUCCUGGUUUAGUCCUGUUUCAGUCCUGAUUCAGUCCGUAUGUGGUGCAAAAGUCCAGCAUCUCAGUUUAAGUCAGGGAAACGGGAAAAGGACGUUUUUUUCCAUUAUUCAUUUAAACACAAAACCGAAAAUUGAAAAACCGAAUUGUUAUCCAUUUUUAAAUUUUGGUUUUGGAGAAAAUCGUUGUGUUUUUUGUUAUUUUGAAAAACAAAUGAACGAAUGACACACACACGGAUUCAGGACAUUUUCUCAAAGUGUCAAAAUGUUCCCGGUGUUUUUGAGAUUUGAUGUUUGAAUUGUGUGUUCCUUGUUGAAUGAUGUUUCACAAACCAGACUAAAACAUGCCAACACAGCA